GCCACAUUACCGCCUGUCUGAGUCUGCGGUGGAAAAGCACUCAUCCACCAUCGCAUUCAGUGCUAUCGUAUACACAGUGCAUUAUUGUAACUGAGUGUCGCGCGAUUUAUAAAGAUUUUCUCCUCCAUACCCAAUCGCGGGUUUACCCCAGAAGACGAAAGCAACUCUUAUUUCCCCAUCAGGAGCCGCAGCUGGGUUGACGUAGAACCUACUCCUGUAAGCCUGUUCUCGCCAGCUUGGUCACCAUGGCAACCGAGGAGAAGAAACCAGACACAGAGGCUACUAAAACACAGCCAGCAUCAGCCGCCUCUGCCAGCCAGAGUAAGUCAGCACCCGUGAAGCCAAACUACACCUUGAAAUUUACAUUAGCUGGCCAUACAAAAGCAGUCUCUUCUGUCAAGUUCAGUCCAAGUGGCGAGUGGCUUGCCAGCUCAUCUGCUGAUAAGCUCAUCAAAAUAUGGGGAGCGUAUGAUGGAAAAUUUGAGAAGACGAUAUCUGGACACAAACUUGGUAUUUCAGAUGUGGCCUGGUCCUCGGAUUCCAACCUGCUGGUGUCAGCUUCUGAUGACAAAACCCUGAAGAUCUGGGACGUGAGCUCUGGAAAAUGCUUAAAGACGUUGAAGGGCCACAGCAACUAUGUGUUCUGCUGCAAUUUUAACCCUCAAUCCAAUCUCAUCGUAUCCGGAUCUUUCGACGAGAGCGUACGGAUUUGGGAUGUUAAAACUGGGAAAUGCCUGAAGACCCUGCCAGCACAUUCGGACCCUGUGUCGGCUGUUCAUUUCAAUAGAGACGGUUCAUUGAUUGUGUCCAGCAGUUAUGAUGGACUCUGUCGUAUCUGGGACACAGCUUCAGGACAGUGCCUUAAAACACUCAUCGAUGAUGACAAUCCUCCCGUGUCAUUUGUGAAAUUCUCUCCCAAUGGCAAAUACAUCUUGGCUGCCACUCUGGACAACACUUUGAAGCUUUGGGACUACAGCAAAGGAAAGUGCUUGAAAACAUACACCGGUCAUAAAAAUGAGAAGUACUGCAUAUUUGCAAAUUUCUCUGUCACUGGUGGAAAGUGGAUUGUCUCUGGCUCAGAGGACAACAUGGUCUAUAUCUGGAAUCUUCAGACUAAGGAGAUCGUACAGAAACUACAGGGGCACACAGACGUGGUGAUCUCGACCGCCUGCCACCCCACAGAGAACAUCAUUGCAUCAGCAGCACUAGAAAACGACAAAACGAUCAAACUUUGGAGGAGCGAUUGCUAAGCCUCAAACGUAUUUUACAUUUGUUAUUUUUUUAAUUUUGUAUCGUUCAUUUUGUGGGGGGAAGAGACUUUUGUUUUUCAUUUGAUAUGUCGCGCUAGGCCGAUCACACUUGACCUGAAGGCGUGGCGAGAGGGUGUGAUGCUCCCCACACAGAGAUACCUUAACACAGCAUCCCUUCUCUUCAGCUCGUGCACUAAACCAAUCUCUCACUCUCUUUUUCUCUGCCUUACCGCAGAGUCAUCUGUCAGUUAAACCAGCACCUCCAGAAAACAGUCGCCUCUGUUUGUAAAUGUUGGCAGCUUUGUUUAAACUCCAAAACAACAAGCACGUUUUUUCCGGUGUGUUUAUUGUCUCAUAAGUUUGGUUGAAUGACAGUUCUCUGUGUAUUGAUCAUUUGUACGCCUCCCGAUGCCAGCAGAAAAACUUUGGCACAUUUUAAGUCGCCAUUUUAACAUAAAUGUACUGGCAGGGUUUUCAAAAGUAACUUACGAUGUCAAAUGAAGCUUCCACUUAUGAAAUGCUUUGUCUGGCAGAGGCUUGUGCUUGAAACGGUGCCACUCUGCUCUAUUCAUAUUCUGUACAGCGCAAAACAUGCGAUGGUUAAAACAGCAAUUCAUUGUGUUAUAGUUGCAAAGCUAGGUGUUAACGUUAUGGUUUUCUGUGGCUCUGUGCCCUCUAGGCAGAGCUAACAAUAAACAUACUUUUGUUGUUGAUGUUAAGGACAUGAUGUAUGCCAAAUUUAGGAUUAGAAGACCUUCAGUUUAUUCCUACAGCUCUGUUUAAAAAAAUGUAUCCCGCAUUACCCAACAUCCUCUGGUUAUUAGUUUUGGUGCUUAUGGAAAUAAAAUCAAACCGUACAAUACAUCUGGGACCGAGACCCUUCACACUGUUAUUUCACAAAACUCUUACAAAGGAACUUCAUACUUCUACAGAAAUGAUCUUAUGAACCCUCUCCAAUGCUAUUUGGUCUGUCUCACACAGCAUAUGCAAUCUUUGCCGGUUAGCGAGUGGAGCGUUGCUUUAUUCUAAAUAUGCCAUAACCUUUCAUUUCGUGACCAAAUGCAGAGUUCGUAUGCGCUAGAGCCUUGAGAUGUUUUCUGUAUCUUACACUUUGUACAUACUUGCAGCUUCUCUGUUCUUGGAUAUGUUUACCUCUGUUCUGUGGUGGUCUUAACUGUGUCUCAAGUAGCUGAUAGUACAGUAAGAGUGUUUUAUUGACCUGCUCAAAGUGGAUGACGGUUUGACACGGACCCAUCCUCUCUACUGGACUCUGUUUCUGGCCGGAUUUUCUGUGCACUGCAGUGAUAAGGGCUGCAUGAGGAAUUGUAUCUGUAUUGCAUUUAGUCACGUUGGACUUGAGCUGUGACUCAAUAAAGAUUUUUUUACUUG